AUGUUUCAGCUGCCCAUCUUGAAUUUCAGCCCCCAGCAGGUCGCCGGGGUCUGCGAGACUCUGGAGGAGAGCGGGGACGUCGAUCGCCUCGGCCGCUUCCUCUGGUCCCUGCCCGUCGCCCCGGCGGCCUGUGAGGUCCUCAACAAGAACGAGUCGGUGCUGAGGGCCCGGGCCGUCGUCGCCUUCCACACCGGCAAUUUCCGUGAACUCUACCACAUCCUGGAGAACCACAAGUUCACCAAAGAGUCGCACACGAAGCUACAGGCGCUGUGGCUUGAAGCGCACUACCAGGAGGCUGAGAAGCUGCGGGGACGCCCGCUGGGGCCGGUGGACAAAUACAGGGUGCGGAAGAAGUUCCCGUUACCCAGAACCAUAUGGGAUGGAGAGCAGAAAACCCACUGCUUCAAGGAGAGAACCCGGCACUUGUUAAGAGAAUGGUAUUUGCAGGAUCCCUACCCGAAUCCCAGUAAAAAGAGGGAGCUUGCACAGGCUACAGGACUUACACCCACACAAGUAGGAAACUGGUUCAAAAAUCGCAGACAAAGAGACAGAGCAGCGGCUGCGAAAAACAGGCUCCAGCAGCAGGUCCUUUCCGGCGGCUCGGUUCGCUCCCUGGCGGACGAGGACGGCACCGUGGACCGUCUGGGGAACUCGUCCAGUCCUGAGGCCAGUCUCUCCAGCAAAGCAGCCGCCUCGGCCAUCUCCAUCACCUCCAGCGACAGUGAAUGUGACAUCUGA